AAACAAGCGGGGAUUGUUGGGAGUGGGUUAAUAGGGCAUAGUUUCGCUAUGCUAUUUGCCUCAGGCGGAUAUCGAGUGAGCAUAUACGAUAUUAAACCGGAACAAGUCCAGCAUGCAUUAUCUAUCAUAAAAGACCAACUAGAACAUCAGUCCGAAAUUGGAUUAUUGCGGGGGAAAUUGACAGUCAAAGAGCAAAUGGAAUUAAUCAUUGGGACAAACGAACUGGUUGACUGUGUGAAGGACGCCUUCUUUAUACAAUGUGUCCACGAGGAAUUGCAGCUGAAGCGAGAAGUCCAUGCAAAGAUAGAUACCUUCAUCAAGGAGGAUACAAUCAUCUCCAGCUCCGCUAGUGCGCUGGUUCCAUCCCUCAUAUCCGAGAAUCUCAGGCACACAAAGAGAUUCAUCGUUUGUCAUCCAACGAACCCUCCAUUUUACGCUCCGCUAGUGGAGCUAAUUCCUGCACCAUUGACAGAUCCAGAGGUGGUAGUAAAGACCAAGGAACUGUUGACGGAAAUCGGGCAGGUGCCCGUGAUUGUUAAGAAGGAAAUUGAUGGAUUUGUAUUGAAUCGUAUUCAGUUAUCCAUUAUUGGAGAAUGUUGGAGACUCUAUGAGGUAAUUGUAACUGAAUUAAACAUAAAAAACAUUCAGAUGCAUUUAUUUUGAUAAUACAAAUAUACAGCCUACUUCAAUACCGACGGUGUGUAUAGUUACAGAGACCGGUACGCCGAGAUGAUAUACAGAGUACAGUCUACUUUUGGACCCCCAAGGAAAAUGGAUGGUUCGAUUCUAGAAAAGAUUCACAACGAACUUGCCUCCAGAAUUCCUCUUGACAAACUCCACGAGAGGAGAAAAUGGCGGGACGUUCGACUUGCAUCACUUCAGAAGCUGAAAAAUGAAUUAGAUGACAAAUAA